AUGUGGGCUACCUUAUCAAAGUAUAUUAAUUCUACGAAUCCUUUGAACAAACAGGCUUUGCACAACAUAGCUCUUAUGCUAGAAGCAUAUUUGGAUCAUCAAAAUAAAGAAGAACAUGAAGAAGAAGUAUUCCGACCAGACGAUACGACUAUAGCCGAACGAAAGAAUGAUAACAUUAGUGGAGUUUUAAAAAAUAUUAAAAAGUUGCUUGGUACAGUCGACGCAAUCAGAAAAAUAAAAGAAAAGGUCCUGGUAAACUUCAAACCAACCUAUGAUGAACAAGAUCCAGGCUGUAAGCAGAAAAAUGAGGACAACCUGUUCUCAUCUAUUGCUUUGUCGUAUAAAAUUUAUCUAGAUAACGCUAAGUGUCGCGGUGAUGACGACCCUGAAUUCUUAAGAGAGAAAGCACAAUUAAGAAUGGAUCGACAACCGAAUUCAAAACUAAUAUCAAGUCAACGUGUUCAUGAUUUUUAUGAUAAUGUUGAUGAAGGUGUAAUCGACGAAGCGGAAUCGACUGAUCACUUCCAUGGUGAUUUGAUGGCAGUAGUCAACUAUCCUAGAUCACCUGGCAGACUUAAUCAAAAAACAAUUACAAGAAGUUUACAAAAAGUUUUUAUGCAUUUAAAUGGACGCUCACCACCCUUAACAUUAGAUGAUAAAUCAAAAACAGCUGUGAAAACAAAUAUAGAUGUCAAUACAGCAAGCAAAGUUCUGACAGAGCUCCAAAAUUCCUCCGUACAGAAUACACAACUUGAUGUAAAUAACAUUGCUUUAAGCAAUGAGAAAGGAUACGUAGAACUUUCAUACCUUGUUAAGUAUCCUAAAUCAGUCGUAUAUCGACCACAAUACUUGGUGAAAAAGAUAUUAUCGUACGAUGAUUGUAUUAAAGCUAGUCAUCUAGACGUUAACCUUGAAGAAAAGCAAUUAUUGAAAGUACUGCGAUUCUUACUUCUUCUUCUUGAAGACAGUACACAAGUUUUAUUUGAAAAUCGAGAGAUCACGUCUACAUUAGCGAUUCAUGAUAUCAUAAACAAAGCCAGCAACGAAGCAAAUAAGAGUACUCUUAUUGAACACACGAGCGGUAACAUUAAGAAUGAAAAUCACGCACACUCUAUUUUAAAACUAAUAGAAAAAGACAAAACUAGUAAUGUUAUUGGUCAUGCAGAUUCUUUAAGAGAAGAAAAAAUCAUUGUUACUGUUAAUCCAGUACCUUUGCAAGAAAACAAAAUCCAAACUGGUGUUAAGCAAACUUACUCUAAUGUAAACGACGAAAUUCAAACGAAUACGGAUCAUACAGAAUCUUUAAACGAUUUCAAAAUUUGUUCUAAUGUUAAUCCAACAGAUUCCUUACAAAAAGACAAAGUUGAAACUGAUUUCAAGCAAGGAAAUUUUAACCUACAAGAUAAAAUGAAUAGUCAUCCGUAUCCUGCAAGUCCUUCCGGAAGAAAUAAAAUUACUAUUAACCCUAAUGUAGCAGAUUCCUAG